AUGGCCACUCGUCGCGGAAGACGCAAAGCGCCUGAAAAGCUCACAGCUGCAGCGAACCAACAACAGGCGCCAGUAAAGUUGACCGACCUCCCUCCAGAGCUUUUCGCUCUCUGUAUGCACAAUUUAGUGAGCGAUAUUGGAAGUGCGGCCGCCGUCAAGUACCGCCUCGUCUGCAAAGCAUUCUCCAACGCGAUUCAGAACGAUAUUAUCGGUGUGCAGAGGAUCGCUCAUGUCUUUCAGCCCUUGACGGAAGCCCAAAAACUGCGUUUACUCAUUCGCCAUGGUGGGGCUAUGCAUGCAAAUAAGAGGGGCAUUGCUGCAAAUGCCGUCACGAAGUUGGCAAGACAGAUGAUGGGCGAGCUUCUCAUCGCAGAAUGUAUCGAUCCAGAUGACAUAGGGAAAGAACAUCUGCUCGCUAUCUGCACAGGCCUGAUCGCUGGUUCACGACACCUACGGAACGACAAAUGGAAAGAGAUCGUUGGCGACGUCCAAGAAAGACCUGGAGUUGGACUUGAAGAUGGCCAUGUAAUCGCAGACAGCAGUCGCAUCUGCCACAAAGUGCCGCCGGUCGUUAUCCAAGACCAACGCCUCUGGACGUCUAUCGCGGCCAUCGGAGACCUUAAGAUGUUCGAAAAGAUGGUACCCAUAACCGCAGACGUCUUUGUAGGCCAUGAGCCCUACUUGCAAAGUGCGUUCCUCACCGCCGCUGGCACAGGUAGGACCUCCAUAGUGGAAUACAUUGUGGAACGAUCUCUGGCACGGAUCCGUCACCUCCCCGGGUAUACCCCUCAGAUCCUUGCGCACCGCUUCACAAUAGGAGUGCAGGUAUCGGUCCGGCAACGCCAGUUCGCGAUCGCAGCGAUAAUAUGCCGUUUCAUUUUCGAACGUUUGGCGGUCCAUGAAUCUAUAAUGGAUCCGGACAGCCUCGGAAAUGAUGUUCUUCGUGGCGCACUUAAAAUCAUCAGUCGCGAUGAGCAUGUCGAAGAAUGCCACCUGACUUUUCUAUGCUCUGUACUGGAAGCUAUCCACGGGGUGCGAGUGAAGCGAAGCAACAUGGAGCGCUUUAACGUCCUCCCUCAGGAGCUGAUUGUCCAUAUGCUCCCUCAGUCUGACCACCAAUUCGAUCAAAUUUACGAGGAAGCAAGCCGCUCUUACAUACGCGCGGUACUUAAAGACGCCUUCGUUGAUAUAUACGAUAUACGCUGGUUCCGGGCUUUGCGCAUCGCCAUCGACCACCACCGCUUCGACUUGGCGUGUAUUUGGAUUAACCAUGCGGAAUUUCUCAAGUCUGAACGUAACAGGACAAUGCUUAUGAGCCGACGUGUGGACAGAGGAUGCUUGGCCGGUGUCAAAUUUUUGGUUCAACAUGGCGUCAGACCGGACCAGUACUGCCCUGCGGCGUCGGUUGUAGAUCAGACCGCUUUGGGGAAAGCGAUCAGGAAACUGAAGGACAGUCACAUUCGAACUGAACCGGCCAAACGAUUCGAAGAUGUAGCCCUGUAUCUUUGCCUGGAGAUGCAGUCGAGUAACGCAAAUCGACUCGAUGAUGACCACGUCCCGGCCAACGAUGACGACGCCGAAGUUUUGCUUAAGAUGCUUCGCAGGCUUCCUCGAGUCGAGGGCAGUUGGCUGUUUGAGCGUAUUCGCGAGAACGACGACAUCGCCGAUCUAGCAAGGAACUAUCGUGGGUUGGAUGUGUUCUCGGAUGAGGAGCCAGCUGAAGAGUCAUACUGA